AUGCGGCUGGAAGCGGGCGGCGAGGCGGCCACCAAGCAGGCGGAACGGACAAUGACGCGGUUCUGGAAGACGGUCCACCUCGCUCCGGCCACAGAGGCGGAGGCAGAGGCAGGGGAGCGCGGCGCCGGGGGCUACACGGUUAAGCUCGACAAGCGCGCGCUCAAGACGCCGAGCGGCGCCAAGAUGGUCAUCCCGCACCAGCGCAGGCUGCUGGCCUCCCUCAUCGCUCAGGAGUGGAGCGAACAGACAAAGACGCUCAAGAGCCACACGCUGCCCCUCACCUCGCUGGCGGCUCGUGCCAUUGACGGCUGCUCGGAUGCAAAGGAGAGGCAAAAGAUCUGCAGCGACCUGCUCAAGUACCUCGAGACGGAUACCGUGCUGUUCUACGAGUCGACGCCGACUUCGCUGGUACGGCUACAGGCCGAGCACUGGGAUCCGCUCCUCGCCUGGGCCUCGGAGCGCUUCUCGGUGCCCCUCUCGCCCUUCACCGCCCUCCUCGGAAACGCCCACGACCCAAAGGUGCUCCCCACUUUUGCCUCGCUCCUCGACAACCUCGACCCCUUCGAACUCGCCGCCUUCGAGAGGGCCGUCCUCACCACCAAGUCGUUCCUCAUCCCCGUCGCCCUCCUCUCCGGUCGCCUCUCCGUCGAGGAAGCCGCACAGGCCGCAGAGGUCGAAGUCAGGAGCCAGAUCGAGCGCUGGGGAGAGGUAGAGGAUAGCCACGACGUCGACACGGCGGAUCUACGGAGGGUGCUCGGCAGCGUUGCUGCUGCCGUCGUCAAGGAGUAG